CGUUUCAAUCGGUAACUAGGAUGCCUAGUCUAUUUUCAGUCAAUGCUUAUUAAUUAAUAGGAAAUACAUUAGUGGAGAACGUAUAGAACCUUAAAGUAGUCUUGCAGUGGCAGUCAGUGUCAAAAUGGCGAGCAAGAAAAUCGUCUGCCUUCUUGGCAGUUCAAAUAAAAUUUGUCAGCCAAAUUUACCUGCGAUUACUACUCUCGUUCGGGGUACAGCUUCUGGGGAACCUGUUGACAAAGUGACCCACACUGGUCAGAAAUGGGAUGACGAUGAUCCUCGCCUUGUAAGAUUUGUUGACAGACAGAAGCUCGUAAAUCCUAACUGGGCUAUUAAUCUCAUAGCUGAAGUGCCUCCGAAUAAAGCCAAGGACAGAGUCGUCUAUUGUAAUGGAGGUGGUGGACCUUUGGGACAUCCCAAGGUGUAUAUUAAUUUGGAUAAACCAGGUAAUCAUAGUUGUGGAUAUUGUGGUCUGCGCUUUUAUAAGGAAGACCAUCACCAUUAAAUAACACUCUGAGAAAGAUCAUAGUUAAAAACGGUUUAGCUUGUACUAUCAUAAUAUUGUUAAACGUGUGAAUAAAGUAAUUGAUAGGUAAAAUA